GAGAGAUUAUACGUGGUCGUUUUGAGACCAUGACGCAGGCAGAACUUUUGUUCAAACCCCGCGUCAUGUGGCUCCCCAGUUUCCAUUUUCGGUGCCGAGGAAACGGUUGAACAGGAAAAAAGGAUUCGAACUUUGUUUCUUAGCGGCGAAUCUAGUUGUUUAUUGAAGCUACUUCGUUCAAAUGGACAAUUCUUCCCGUACAAGUUUCAUCUUCCAAAAACUUAAAAUGGUCUCUGCGAAGGGCUUACCUCGGAUGUGCAAGUUGUUUCUCGACGGUUAGUCUUGUCAUUGGGAAAGCAUGACCGAACGAAAGAAAGUCACUUCAAGCAUUUUUGAAGUGAAGAUCAUUGAGUAUUGCAUUGUCCUUAUGAAACGAAGAUUUUAUAAUUCUCAUUAAUUGAGGGCGGAGAUUACUUUCCAGGUCUGACUCCUGCUCAUCAAAUCUCUCUGUUUGUUAGUUUAUUCUUAUUGCUUUUUUAUGUCAGGUCCGCUAGGAAAUGUAUCGAACAUUUUCUUGAGGUUAGUACUUCUGGACACUUAAUUUAUUGUAUUUUUUGAUGAAAUUCAAUGCCAGAAGAAGCUUCUUUGUCAUUUGAUCUUUUGGAUACAAAGAUAUUUUUUUGGGUACCAUGCACUAGGAGAUUGUAAGACAGGACUGUUAUAGUUUUUUGUUGUUUGGUCAGCAAAGAGAUUGGGUCAGGAAUCAGGAUUGCUGAAUUAUGUUGAGUUAACCUCCAUUUAGUUCCUUGUUAACUUUAACCGUCCUCCCUACCAAGCUAAAAAAUUUGUUCUUUUUCCUCGAUUGUUCAAUGGAGAUGGGGGAUUUAAAAACCCGGCGGGGCAACCACUUGGAAAAGUGGUGCUCCUCUAUAUUCCUCUGGAAGGUGGCUGCCUAUCUUUGAAAAUAAAUUUUGGAAAAUGUGGUGUACUUCUUUUGGACCUUCCAUGGAAUCAUCAUCUAGACAGAGCCGCUGAUUAUUAAGUUUAGGUCUUAUUGUUUUUUUAGAUGUUUCCAUAACUUUACUAUUUGUGGAUCAAAUGAUCAAUUCAAUUUUUAAUAGUCACUAUAGAAUCCUGAUAAUAUUGAUUUCUAUGUUGCUGGUCAUGUCAAUGAUUUCUAGUUGGACUGCUCCUUAGCUAUGCUUAGCAAAAGCUAGUCAUGCAAUUUGGGAUCCCCCAAGGGGAAUUUCAUUAUUGGGAUUUAGGCUAAUGAUGAUGGGGUGAAUUUCUUUGGACACAUUCCUUUGAGUUGGUAUCGUUUGGGUGUGUGUGUGUGUGUUUUCUUUUUAACCUUUUUGACAGGAAAAUUAAUCACAUUAAGUUGUUGCAAAAACAAAUCAGGAAACCAAAGACGAGUAGACACAAAGAAUAUGGUUCAUUUAUUUCCUUAUAUUCAAAAAAAAUUAUUUAUUUCCUGACAUUUUCGGCCUUUUGGGUAAUGCACGGGGAAAAUGAGCACGUGACAGAAGACGCAUAUUUUCUGCUCUCUGCCCUUUUAAAACCAUGUUCUCAUCCCAAACCUAAUGAAAAAGACUGUCCGAAACAGAGUUUGGUUGAAGGAAUGGUGGAGAAGAACAAGUUUUCCAAUAUGUCUGUUGCGAGUUCAUCGAAGCCGAUUCCUGAGGGCUGGAAAUUGGUAGUUGAAAAGCAGAAGAAUGGAUCCAAAACUUUGAGUUAUGUCUGCCCGGAUUCCUGCCAAAUAUUCAAUGACUAUGAAAUGCUUAUGCGCUAUGUCAAUUAUGCUAAAGCUGCAAAGCUUUCAAUUUAUUCACCAGACUUUGUUCCCAUCCCAUGGAUGAAGAAAACUAGGAAAUCUAAGAAUUCUAAGAAACAAAAAUUUCCAGGCAAGACCUUACGGCGAUCUUUCCAGCAUAAAAAUUUGCCGGGCAAGACCAUACCGCGAUCUGCUCGCCAUCAAGGCAACGGAACCUCCAAGCUGAAGAAAAGUCCCGAGCAUGGCGGACUAGCACUGACGUUGGAGGAAAGUUUGGAUGAAUUGGGACUGUCAAAGAAAGAUUUCAGGUUCAAAUAUUUUAGGCGCAGGUUUAAGAACUAGUAUUUUGUUUACUCCAAUUCUCCACCUAAUAAGGGAUUCUCCUCCAUGAACUAAUAAGAGAUUCUCCUUCAUGACUGGUUUAUUUUCGCAUGUAUUACAUUACAUGCUUAAGCUCGAGGUUUUUUCUCGGAUAAGACAAUUGAAGUAUGGAUGAUAUUAGACUUAUAUUACAUAAUAUUCUCUCGAAUUUCUUCCCCA